GAAUGACUUCAAAACUGAUGGUUCGGAAUCUCUGAAGAUCCUACGAAGACCUUGACACUGGUUCUAUUGAAGCACCUAUAUAAACUGGGUGAGGCCUGAUUGAUAUCAUUCUUGAGGAGUUACCACAAGCAGCAACAUGCAGUUGAUCAUCAUCGUCGCCAUUGUCGGAGCUUGCGCCGCAGGGGCCAUCCCCGGGUACAACCAGCCCCAGUAUCGUCAGUAUUACCAAGAAAGACCUCGUGCCGGUCUCGAGAGGAAUGCCGCCAUUCUGAGAUCGGUAUCUGAUGCCAACGAGAACGGAUAUCACUACGCUUACGAUACUGAAAAUGGAAUCCAAGCCGAAGAAACUGGCGUAGAAAACAAUGGAAACCAAGCCCAGGGUGGUUACUCAUACACUGGGGACGACGGUCAGGUGUACAGCGUCAGAUAUACUGCUGACGUCAACGGCUUCCAAGCCUCAGGUGCUCACCUGCCGACCCCUCCACCUGUGCCCGAGGCUAUCGCAAAGGCUCUACAAGAGAACGCAAGAGAUGAAGCCUCCGGGAUCUUUGAUGAUGGCAGCUACCACGACGGAAAGUACGAGUCAGGAGUGUUCGCCGCUCGCGGCUACAACCAACAACGGCUCGUCGCACCUGGAUUCAGACAACCUUACCACUUCUGAACAGUGCCAUCCAUAGCAAUAAGUACCAUAAUCCAAUAAAGUCAUAUUUUUAUACACAA